AUGGAGGCGCCCGCAUUCCACUUCACCCCGGAAGGAGAUGGUCCAACUACUGUUACUGGAAACCUUCCUGAUCGUGGACUUUUUGGCUUUCUUGGCCGUGCCCCUGUUGACACCUCCAAUGGUUUUAUGUCAACUGGACCUCAUUUCAAUCCUGUUGGGAAAGAGCAUGAUGCACCUGGAGAUGAGAACUGUUAUGCUGAUUAUCUUGGCACCGAUACUAUCAACAUUGUUGGCGAGCUGAUAACUCUUACAGGACCACAUUCCGUAAUUGGAAGAGAAGUAGUUGUCCAUGCAGAUCCUGAUGAUCUUGAAAGGGGUGGUCAUGAAUUGAGCGAGAGCACUGGAAAUGCUGGUGGAAGAGUUGCUUGGGGUACUACAAUUGACCAGGGGAUUGCAUGUGGUCUGAUGUUGUUGGCACUGGUGCUGACAUACUUCAUCCACACCUCUGAUGCUCCAUCGAACAUUUGA